AUGCGUUGGUCUUCAAUUUCAGCAGCUCUACUGCUUGCUGCAAGCACCUUUGUUGGAGGAUGCCUCUGUGCCUCAGCUUCCUCAACCGCCUGUGCCGGAAACACACCAGCGACCCGUGACCAAUGGUGUGACUCUGACAUCCAAAGUGACUACUACACGGAGGCCCCGGACACCGGGGUUCUCCGAGAGUAUUGGUUGGUUCUUGGCAAUACCACGGCUGCUCCUGAUGGCGUCCCUCGCAAUGUGUUGACCGUUAACGGCACAUCACCGGGACCUACCUUGCACGCCAACUGGGGAGAUUGGGUGCGUAUCCAUGUUUACAAUGGACUGGAGAACAACGGUAAAGACAGUUCCUGA